UCCUCGGAAGUACAGGCUUAACCUGAAAAAGACAGGAAGCGGAGAGAGCGAUAACCUACUCUUCCUACGGUGGCCUAAAGGAGAAGCGAAGUAGGAGAAUUUAUUAUUUUUGGGACUCAGUUGCGAUGUCUUUCAAGAGGGAAGGGGACGACUGGAGUCAGCUCAAUGUGCUAAAAAAACGGCGGGUUGGAGACUUGCUGGCCAGUUACAUCCCAGAGGAUGAGGCGCUGAUGCUGCGGGAUGGACGCUUUGCGUGUGCCAUCUGCCCCCAUCGCCCAGUACUGGACACCCUGGCCAUGCUGACUGCCCACCGUGCAGGCAAGAAGCAUCUGUCCAGUCUGAAGCUCUUCUAUGGCAAAAAGCAGACAGGCAAGGAAACAGAGCAAAAUCCAAGACAGAAGAAUGACCUGAAGUCAGAAAACAAAGCUGAGGUACGAGAGCGGGCGCCUUUACUAACCCAGACCCGAUUGAUCACGCAGAGUGCUCUGCACAGAGCUCCCCACUAUAACAGCUGCUGCCGGAGGAAACACAGACCAGAAGCUCCUGCUCCCUCUGUCUCCAGUUCUCCUUUGCCAGCCCCAGAGGUUGGACUCCAGAGUGCAAAGAUCAGUAGGGAACCCGAGCCUAAGGAAGGAUCGCAUGCCAAAGAGUCAUCUGCUCCCAUGAGCCCCACAAAACGACGAAUCCUGAACCAUUACCUCACCCUCCGAAGCUCGGGAUGGGUCCCAGAUGGACAAGGCCGAUGGAUAAAAGAUGAGAAUGUUGAAUUUGACUCGGAUGAGGAAGAGCCCCCUGAUCUCCCCGUGGACUAACAACCCCUCUCCCCAUUUGUUCCACAGAUAAACUGUAGUUGUUCUGGGAGCCUAGUGGUCCUCGAGUAAGGUUCCUUGUUGGACCUUAGAAUUUCAACUCUGUUCAUUCUCAGCCUGGCCACUCCUUUCCUGCAGUGUUCAUGGCUCGCCAUACUGACCCCUCCCCCACUCUCUACCAAAGCCUUGCCGAGCGUCAGCUGCAUUCAGCCCAGUGCCCUAUUAAUAAGUCUGUCAGGAGGAGGUCCCUGCCCUUCGUGUAGUCUGACUCCCUCCCCACCUUCACCCUCAGUCCCUUUCCUUCAGCUCACAUGUGGACGACCAAUGGGCACAGGGGCUCUGGCCACCUCUGUCUGCAGAGAGCACUGUGGCCAAGUGCCCUGUGAAGAGACUGAAGCCUUUGGCAGAUUUAUGGGGAACACAAGGGACAGAGCUCCCCCUCCUCCUAGUAACCCGAACCUCUCUGCCUGCUGAUCCCCAGAGUAUAAAUAAUCCCUUGAUGAACUGGCAGUAACUCUUGAGGGGUAGCGCCAAGAUUCCCACCCCAACCCACGGAAGGAGACAGGCGGCGUGAACAAAAGGGAUUUUAUUUACAGGAAAGGGAAGAGAGAUGAGGACUUAUGUGUCCAGGGCUCUCAUCUCUUGUUAGCAAAAGGAAGGGUGGCGCUAUCUCUUCUUUUGCUGGCGACCUAUAAAGGGAGAAUGGUGACACAGCUUCAUCUCUUGUUUUGGCAAGGGCGCGUUUCUCUUUUCCUUUCCUUAGACUGUAAACUGCUGCCCCAUGCCACCCGAGGGGCCUGCCCCAUGUUAACAGCAAAUCAAGAACACACACUGGGAAAUAAAAGGGACCAUGUUUCUGGGCGGUACUGUCAUGCCAAGCUCCCA